AUGUCUGUGGGUUCUCUCACAAAUCUCUGCAAAUUUGAAGCCCUGCGUUUCUUCCGUCCAGAAACCAUUGAGAAGACCGUUCGAAGCAAGAAGACUGUACAAAAUAUCGUUCUUUCCAACAUUGAGAUAAGCUGUCUGAUCAAAAGAGGAUAUCUUGAUUCUGCUCGCCAUAUAUUUGAUGGAAUGCCCGACCGAACAGUGGUGUCAUGGAACGCAAUCAUCUCAGGCUUCUCCAAAUGGGGCAGAUUCGAAGAAUCUCUCUCCAUGGUUUCUUGCAUGCACAGGAGCGAAACAAGGCUCAACGAAACGACCUUCUCUUCCGCCCUCAGUUCCUGUGCCCGCUCCGGUUCUUUUGGGCCAGGAAAGCAGCUGCAUUGCCUUGUCUUCAAGUCUGGAUCUGAAGAUUUCAAGCUUGUUGGCAGUGCUCUGCUCAAUCUAUAUACGUCCAGUUUUGAAAUCAACGAUGCCUUGCUGCUUUUCGAGUCGCUCUGUUGUAGGAAUUCACUGCUUUGGGGUUUGAUGCUUGUGGGUUUUGUCAAAUGCGACAUGAUGGAGGACGCCCUUGAAUUGUUUCACAGAAUGCCGAGCAGAGAUGUUGUUUCUUGGACAGCUUUAAUAUCUGGCUAUUCUGGGAGCUUCUCUGCUGUGGACCUUGGCAAGGCUUUGGAACUGUUUGUUUUUCUUGUAAGAAGCCGUGAGGCGAUCCCUAAUGAGUUCACUUACGAUACCAUUUUGAGAGUUUGUACAAAGCUGGAAUCAUUAGAUUUCGGGACGAUGGUUCAUGCUUGUCUACUUAGGUGUGGCUUUGAAUCAGACUCACCUAUCGGAGGAGCGCUAAUAGAAUUUUACUGCCACUGUGAUGCAGUGGAGGAUGCUCAUCAGGUUUUUGAGGAAAUGUCGAGCCCAUGCUCAACAAUUUCAAAAGCAAUUAUUGCUGGCCUUUUAUCUGCGGGUAGGAUCGUCGACGCUGAGAUUGUUUUCGGCCGAAUGCUGAACCCCUGCCCUUUCUCAUACAAUCAAAUGAUCAAGGCUUAUGCACAGGUGGGAAGAAUGGCCGAUGCCAAAAGCUUGUUUGACAAAAUGCCUUGCAAGAAUAUUGUAUCCCUGAACACCAUGAUCACUGUGUACCACAAGGCCGGUGAGUUCGAGCAAUCUCUGAGAAUAUUUGAUAGUAUAAAAGAAGAGAACAACACAGUAACAUGGAAUUCAAUGAUAUCUGGUUUUGUUCAGAAUGAAGAACCAGUGGAGGCCCUUAAGCUAUAUACACUGAUGCAGUAUGUGCCAAUAACGAGUAGCCGUUCAACAUUCUCGGCAUUGCUCCGAGCCUGCGCCUCCAUUGGAACUCUCAAGCAAGGAAUGAUGCUUCAUGCUCAGUUGUGCAAGUCUCCAUUUGGUUCCAAUGUUUAUUGUGGAACUUCCCUUGUUGAUAUGUAUGCUAAGUGUGGCAACAUUGUUGAUGCUAAGGUCUCUUUUCUUGAGAUUGUUUCACCAAAUGUCGCCUCUUGGACUGCACUUAUCAAUGGUCUUGCGCAGCAUGGAUCAGGAACUGAAGCCGUGCUAGAGUUUGGGAGGAUGGUCAAGCAAGGCAUUGAGCCAAAUGUAGUAACCUUUGUCGGGCUUAUAAUGGCUUGUUGUCGUGAAGGCAUGGUCGAUGAAGGCAUGAAAUUUUUUCGAUCCAUGGAGAAGUGCUAUGGAUUGGCGCCCACUGUGGAGCAUUACGCUUGUGUCGUCGAUCUCCUUUGUCGUUCCGGACGUAUAAGAGAAGCAGAGGAUAUCAUCCUUGAUAUGCCAAUUGAAGCUGAUGGUGUAAUCUGGGGAUCUUUGCUGAAUGCAUGUUGGUUCUUCAUGGACUUGGAGGUGGGAGAAAGGGUUGCUUGGAGAUUGCUUUGCUUGAACUCAAAGCACAUAUCUACUCAUGUAGUAAUGUCUAAUAUCUAUGCAAAGUUGGGAAGGUGGGAGGAGGUUAUGAAGGUCAGGAAGAGGUUGAGAGGGUUGGAUGUGAAGAAGGAUCCUGGUUGCAGCUGGAUUGAGGUGAAGGACACUGUGCAUGUUUUUUGUGUGGAGGAUAAUAGCCAUCCAGAGAGAGAUGGUAUCUAUUCUAUUUUGGAAGAUUUAGCUUCCAAUUUCAACUUUUAUUCUGAUCAUUGUGAACACUAUUGUUAUCAGAAGUUCAAUAAUUUAAUACCUUCAAUCCCUCUUCAUUUGUCGUGA